AUGUCCAACUACUACGCGCCCGACCCGUUUGAAAACGCUUGGGGCGACGCCACCAGCCCCAAUCCAGGGGCACUGACGUACGGGUUCAACUCGGGCUUGGCCCAAUCGUCAGCGGUGCUCUCGCCGUCCCCGUUCACGUCGCUGGGCGACAUGCCCUCCCAGUACCAAGACAUCCGCCAGAAGUUCCCCGACGUCGCCACCCUGUCUCAGUUUGACACUGAAAUCGUGCAAAAAGUGGUGCAGCAGGGACUGUUGACGCCGGCCCAGGCGGCUAAGGUCACCAGUACCGUCUACGACAACUUGAUGCCCCUCGACGAUAAAGGGUUUUUACAAGCAUUGGGAGUGUUGGCACUUGAAUUAGAGAGUGAAUCAGGUGACUAUGUGACACUCCAAUACCGUAUGAACAAUCUCCCCGAGCUCCCGGAAGCGGUGGCUAAUCUUUUCCUUGAAACUAUAGCUAAUGACGUGGUGGCUCCAGUGGCAAGAAAACCUAAGUCUACCAGUCUCCUCCACUCAAUCAAAGGUGACUGCUCAGAGACUACGUGGGACCCGUUGUUAACUGACCGGUCGCUGAAGACUCUCGAAGAUCCUACUGAAGAUCGUGAGGCGACCCCGACUCCACAAGCACCCCCAGCCAAUCUGAGGGAAAUCAAUACCUACUUGAACGACAUCAGAGCUCGAUUCAACCCGUUAUCACCAAAUGAGAUCCACAUUAAGGAGUUACCUGAGCGGGAAGGGAUCGUGUUUAAGCAUACUAACUACAACAUCACCCACAACCUUCGCCUCGGCACUACGCAGCCGGGACAGAAAAGCGUCGUCAGACGCUAUCUGGACUUUGUUUGGCUUCUUGAGUUCCUCUUAAAAAAGUACCCCUUCCGUGUCAUUCCCGGCCUCCCCCCGAAAAAGUUUAAUGGCCUGUCGCCCGAUUCCCAGUUUCUACAACGCCGGCGCCGCGGGUUAUUCCGCUUCUUGAACCAACUAGUGAAGCACCCGGUGCUCAGCAAAGACCCCGUGGUGGUGUCGUUUUUAACCGUCCCCACUGACUUGUCCGUGUGGCGUCGUCAGGCUCAUAUCGACGACAACAUCGAAUUUAAAGGACAAAAGAUUUCUACCAAUUUCAUUAACACCAUAUGGCCCGCCCUCGGCACUGAGUUCAUGUCUGCCUGGGCUAAAGCUGACUCCAACAUCCCUCGAAUCAUUGAGGUGUGGACCAAAAUCGUCAUACUCGCCGAACGUCACGAAAAGCGUCAACAACAGAUUGCUCAGGACAAUCUGAGGUUUAACGAGAUGCUUCUGGCGUUAUCCAAUCUUGAUACGAGUCUUUACCCUGUGGACGGCCCUCAACUGGAACCCCUGGCCAUGGGUACCAAUAACGCCAACGACACGCCUAACAUCAACGAGCUGUUGCGUUACGUUGGCAGCUCAUUCACCAAAAGCAGCGACGUCCGCAUUGAUGAGCUGUUCCAAUUCAACUCGGAUAUUUUGGAACAAAUGAAGGGGUAUUUGGAUUACCUCUACUCGAUGCAGGAGCUUUUCGAGCGGAAUAAGCGGCUUGCCGCCAACAACAUCGACCAGUUGGAGAUGCAAAUCAAGGAGAAAGAGGCCCGCUACAAUAAGCUCAACAAUGAGGACGUCGACGCCAAGGGGGCGCUGAUCGCCAACUUGCGCCAGCUGAUUAUUAAUGAUAAGCAGGAGAUGUUCCAGCAACUCAACCGCGAUUGGCUUAUUAAGCAGUGUUGUCACGAAGAAUUGACGAUGAUGCAGCAGACCCAGUUCCUCAUCUCCCAAGUCUGGCUCGACUACGCCCGCACCCGGUUGCGCAGCCAACAAAAAUUGUUGGAGAUUCAGGACAAUCUCGUGCAAGAGAUCGGCCUGCUCAUGCCGGUGGAACACUCGUCGCUGUAG